UGACCCGCAUAUCUUGUUCUGUAGCUUUGCCGGGAAAAUUCGGAGGGGGAAAAUCUGAGAGCAGCUAGGGUUUUAGCUGGAAACAUAAAUUUUCUAUGUCUCAGUCGGGGAAAUUGAUGCCGAAUCUGGAUCAGCAGAGCACCAAAAUGCUCAAUCUCACCGUCCUCCAGAGAAUCGAUCCCUUCAUCGAAGAGAUUCUCAUCACCGCCGCCCACGUCACCUUCUACGAAUUCAACAUCGACAAUAACCAAUGGAGUCGCAAGGAUGUUGAAGGCUCUCUCUUUGUCGUUAAGAGGAAUACUCAGCCUCGCUUCCAGUUCAUUGUUAUGAAUCGGCGUAACACAGAUAACCUAGUGGAGAAUCUCUUGGGAGAUUUUGAGUAUGAAGUUCAAGUUCCAUAUUUGUUGUAUAGGAAUGCGGCUCAGGAAGUUAAUGGCAUUUGGUUUUAUAAUUCACGUGAAUGUGAGGAAGUUGCAAAUCUCUUCACUAGGAUUCUUAACGCAUACUCAAAGGUUCCUCCAAAGUCCAAAGUAGCUUCUAGCAAAAGUGAAUUUGAAGAACUUGAAGCAGUCCCAUCGAUGUUGGUCAUGGAAGGGCCACUGGAGCCAUCAGUGAAUGUCACUACUGCCAGUGAACCUCCUGAAGAUUCAUCCUUUGUGAACUACUUGGCAGCUAUGAAUAUUGGAGGUAACACUUCAAACAUUGCAAAUUCAAGACAGCCCUAUCCUUCUUCUGGAACCGCUCCUCCGUCUUCCUAUGCACCCAAUGUCGUUUCAUCUCCCGCACCAUCCCCACUAGUACCUGCCCUUUCCCUUUCAGCCUCAUCUACACAAACACCUUUGCCCGGUACAUCUGAUUUAACAACCAGCAGCAGCCGGGUGGCUAAUCUUAUAAAGCCAUCUUCCUUUUUCCCCCUACCUGCUUCCUCAUCUUCAGUGAUUGUACCUCCCAUUUCUUCAGCUGUGCCUGUUCCAACUGCCGGUGCUCUUCAUCCUCCUGUGAAUUUGCAACGCCCAUAUGGCACUCCAAUGCUUCAACCCUUUCCACCACCAACGCCACCUCCAUCUUUAACUCCUAAUGCCCCUCCCACUCCCAACGAUGGGUCUCAUAUAAGCAGAGAAAAAGUUCGGGAUGCACUUCUGAUGCUUGUUCAGGACGAUCAAUUCAUUGACAUGUUUCACCAUGCAUUGCUGAAAGUGCACCAUACAUGAAUAACUUAGCACAACCUGUGGGCUCUUCAUCUGCAAAUUUGAUCGAGUACAAAUUUAUGUAGAAUAAGUUAUGUAAAUAGUUAUUCCGCUUCUGUCCUGAGGAAUAAUGGCAGCAAAACAGCUUAGGUGUAACAUCCAAUCAAAUUCCUCCGCACUGAGCUUUUCAACUUUCAUGACAAUUUAUCGACUUGGGAGGUUUGCAAGGAUGGCACUCACUUUGGUCUCUGUUAGUCCAUAUGUAUCUCCCCUGGAAUUUCAUGUUUGUAAGUUGUAACUAUGUUUUUCUUGGGUUGUAUUAAUUGUAUUCAAACUUCUGUUAUGUUGACCUUCUGAUUAUGACUGAAUUAGUUCAUUUUCUUUUCA